CCGAAAUUUUAACUACAAAUAAAAUUGAAAAUGAAAGUAUAUUCCUUAUUAAUGACUUGAAUUUUCAAGGCAAUAAAAAUAAAGAUUUUAUAUUUUUAAAGGUAUUUUUUCUGGAUCGCUCAACUACAAGCUUGAUUCUCACUGUUUUUAGUCUGUAGAUUCUCUAAACUGUUUUUUUCAAAACAAAAAGAAAUAGUAAUUAACUAAACUUUUAGUCUAAAGUUUACAAAAUGGAAAUGUGCUGUGAACUUAACAAUCUACGUGAAAUGGUGGUUCAAUCUAUAAGUCAAGAAUCUACCAAAGUGUUGUCUGAAAAAGCAACCUGCAAGAAUAUUUUGGAUUUUCUGGAUAUAAAUGAUGGCAUUAUUUCUCUCAAACAUCCUGAUUUUGUGUUAACUAAUAGUCAUUUUCUACAAAUUUGCAAAGACAAAAAUAAACAUAACAUAACAUUAGAAAAUCUUUCAUUAUUUUUUACAACCUACUGUAAGUAUAAUAUCUCUAGAGUGAUGCUUAUAAGGAUCCUUAAAAAGUUAAAAGGUUACAUUGUAAAAUUAAAUCGAGCCAAAAAUUUGGACUUUAAAAAACAUUUUUUGAUGAUGUGCUUGAAGAAACUCAAAACUGCCCACGUACUAAUGUUGUGUCUGAACGUGACUUUGCUUCCUAUGACCGCAGGUUAAAAAUGAAACCUAACAUGACAACAGUAGCUGCAGCUGGUGUGAUCAUGUUUAACAACAACAAAACAGCUGAUUGGAUAGAUGGAAAAUCACAGGAAGAAAUUGAAAGACUAGUUAUAUUAGCAAGGCGAAAUAGAAAAGGGUAUAUAAGAAAGUACAGAGAGAAAAAAGCAAAUAUAUUGCAGUACAAAAUUGAUGAGAUGGACAAGCGCAACUUAGAAAAGGAAAUAAAGGAACAAAAGGCAAGCGAAGAGAAAGAGUUUUUGACAACAGAAAUCGGAAAGGAUGGUGGUUUAAUUUUGUGUGAAGAGGAUUUUGAAAAAAUUUUAGGAACUGAAAAUGAAAUUGUAAUGAAGUUGCAAAGACAAAUUAAAUUUCGAAAAAAAGUAUUACAGCAAAAAUUUCCAGAAAAGUGGUUACAAUUAGGAGAAAAGGCAAAAGGGGAGUAUUACAAAAUAUUUGGUAUUGAUAAAUUAAAAACCAAUCUAAUAUCAAUUUUUAAAUUUUUAAAAGACGUUCCUGAACAACGCGCAACUGCAAUAAAAUGUUCAGUUAUCAGACAGAUUAAUGAAAGACAAGAAAUGUUGUUAACAUUAAAAAAAAAAAAAUCGGAUUAGAGGGUGACGCUAGGUUAAUUAUGGAAACUGGAAGUAAAAUAAGAACAGGCACAUCAAAGGGAGGGGUUCCAAAGUUUUUAGGAAAAAAAAUAAAACAUAAAAUGGUAGAUAAUGAUGGCAAGGAUGUAUGGUAUUCAGGGCUCGUGGUUAGUGUUCUAGACGACAAUGAAUUUGAUGAAGAGUGUGAGUUUCAGAUACUAUAUGAUGGAUAUGAAGAUAAGUAUGAUAUUGAGUUGGUCAAAGAGUGGAGGAUGAAAUGUGUUGUGGUAGAGGGAAAAGCUGAUGGUUAUGUGGAGGGUGAAGUUUGUAAAAAACAAAAAUGCAGUUAAUAUCAUUUUUGACACAAUGGGGAUUUAAUUUAUUGUAUUUAUGUUUGUUAUUAUUCUUAUUAUUAAUAAUAUUAUUGUUAUUAUUUUUUUUAUUGUCAUUCAAUUUAAUGUGUUCUUGUUUGUGUUCUGUUUGGUCAUCUGGAGCGGUGUUGGCACACCGACAAUUCUUUAUAUGUAUAUUUGUUUUCUAUUGGACAUCUGCCGUCAUGGUGACAUACCCGUAAUUCAUGCUUUCUAUUUUUGUGCUGACAUACCUGUCAAUAUAUGUAUCCUUGUGUUUACAUUUUUUUGUGUUUGCAUGUAUGUUUUUGUAGGUGUGUCUGCAAUUAUUUGCAUGUUUGUUUUUACUCACUUGUUAGUCACUAUAUGCAUGUUUGUGUUUAUGUAUCUGUUAGUCAUUAUGUGUAUGUUUGUGUUCUGUUGGACCUCUGAAGUGGUGUUGACGCACAUGUAAGUCACUAUAUGUAUGUUUGUGUUUAUGUACCUGUUACUCAUUAUGUGUAUGUUUGUGUUCUGUUGGACCUCUGGAGCGGUGUUGGCGCACCCGUAAGUCACUAUAUGUAUGUUUGUGUAUAUGUAUCUGUUAGUCAUUAUGUGUAUGUUUGUGUUCUGUUAGACCUCUGGAGCGGUGUUGACACACCCAAAGUCACUAUAUGUAUGUUUGUGUUUAUAUACCUGUUACUCAUUAUGUGUAUGUUUGUGUUCUGUUGGACCUCUGGAGCGGUGCUGACCCACCCGUAAGUCAUUAUAUGUAUGUUUGUAUUUAUGUAGUCAUUAUGUGUAUCUUUGUGUUUAUCUACCUGUAAGUCAUUAUAUGUAUCUUACUCUUUUGUUGGAACUGUGGAAUGACUAUAAUUUCAUUUGAUAAUGCAGGUUAGUCAUUUUGAUCAAGUUUUUGUUUUUUUUAUUUAUGUUUGUGUCUGUUGGUCUUGUGGCACAGCAUUGAAACAACAGUAAGUCAUUGUAUGUAUAUUUGUGAGUUGUUCCAACUAGGCUGCAAGCAAUCAUUGUAGGAGUUGGAAGUUACUGGAAGAGAAAAGAUGAAGUUUGUAGAGUAAGAUAAUAAUUGACAGAUGAGUUAAAAGAUUGCAAAUUAUAUGAAACAGGGAAGCAAGAUAAAGGAAGCGAAUUCCAAAGAACUGAUGUUCGAGGAAAAAAAUAGAAGAAUAAGAGUUUUUGGAGCACUUGGAAACAGUCACAAGAGAAUGAAUUUUAGUAGUUAAACAAGGGACUCUAGCUAUUUAGAGCAGUGCCCAUAUUUGUAGAAAAGAGAAAGAGAAGCACCAUUACAACGAUGUGAUAAUGGUUGGAGGUUGGCUGCAAGAGCAGGUCCAACUAUGUUUACAAUGCAUUUUUGCUCCUUGUCUAAAAGCGAAAGGGCGUCAUUAGAAUAUCUGCCCCAGCGUUUUUUGCAGCGUUUAGUGCCACAGGGUCUGUGUUUUGUGAUUGUGAUGUUAUUGUUGUGAUGUUUUGUGUUGAUAGACAACUUGGCUUACCUUCUCGCUGGUGUCUAUCGUUAAAAAUGAUUAUUAGGUUGUUUCGUUACUGAAACUACUUCUAAUCAUUCACUAAAAGCCAAGAGAUAAAUUUUAGA